AUACCACAACCACCAACACUACUCAUAAUUAUACAACCACGAAAACCACUGACAUACGAAACAGCACACACCCACCCACUGCAAAAUCUAAACCUACAAAACCCGCAACACCACCACCAAUCGUGGACCCAAACAACAUCACAGGCAAAACUAAUUCGUCCUCAAGAAACCCCAAACGAAUUAUAAUUAGUGGAGACGAAGCAAAUAGAAACACAAUUAAAGCUAGAAUCGAAGAUUCAAGCGAUGAUGAACAAACCGGUGAAGCCUCAGAGAAAUAUAUGUCAGAUGACGAAAUAGCAUCAGUCUUAGGCGAUAGUUCGAGAUCCCCACAAGAUCGGAUGCAGAAACAGAAAAAGAGCUUGCUGCAUUCGAACAAAACCGAACCAAUAGUGAGACGAAAUCGCAAUGAGUGA